AUGGUUCAGGCCUGGGUAGAGACCACCGGACAGCAGCAGCAGCAGACUCAGGAGCAUGGAUGGAUACAGCAGCAAGAGCAACUUACCAGACAGAUGGAAGAAGAGCUGAAGCAGCAAGAACUCAUGCAACAGCAACCACAACCAGUGCACCAGCAGGGGUCAACGCAAACACUGCAGCAGCAGGAACACCCACAACCAGUGCACCCGCAGGGGUCAACGCAAACACAGCAGCAGGAACAACCACAACCAGUGCACCCGCAGGGGUCAACGCAAACACUGCAGCAGGAACAACCACAACCAGUGCACCCGCAGGGGUCAACGCAAACACUGCAGCAGGAACAACCACAACCAGUGCACCCGCAGGGGUCAAUGCAAACACAGCAGCAGGAACUACAAGUGGUGGAGCAACCGCAGCAGGUAGAAGUGCAUCAAUACCACGUUCAACAGCAGGUGGUAACAAACAGACCACCAUCAGAGAUCCAGGAGCAGCCUUCAUGUCAACAACCACCGGUAAAGAAGUCUCCUCUGAACUUCCAGGAGUUUCAUAGCAGAAAGACUCAGUCAAUGAAGAACCGACCCUGGCUUCAGAAGUCAGCUUCAGGAGAGCAGAAAACUCCAGAAAAGGUUUCCACUCAGAAAACCGUUCAGACGAGACCGACUCGGCCACAGUCAGACAGAGCGGCAUCGGUUCAGGUUGUUUCACAGCGCACGUCAACUGAGAAACAUGCAAAGGUCACAGAGCAUCCGCAACAACGGCAACCAAAACAAACGCGGCCUCAAAAUCCAAAGCUGCCGCAGCAACAACAACCGCGUCGAGCACAAUUGCUUCAACAACCAGAAGAACAGCCACAGCCUACUGAGAGACAGGCUCAACCAGAUUCCAAGGCUAAACCCGAGAAGCCUCGCCCACAGACGACUGCCCAAAAGCAGUCGCAACCCCAAACUGUGGUUCAGUCUAAAUCUCAGACGGAGGCGAAAGUGCAGUCUACAAGGUUGUCUGACAUUACCACAGAUGUUCAGCAACCACUGAAGUCCAAGUCCAAAACCGUAGGUCAGUCACAAACACAACAAGUUCUUCCACAGCCGCAUGGUCCCAUGAAGACGCAGUCAAUGACCAAGUCACAGACGCAACAACAGCUCCAGGUUCAGACUCAGUCCGAAACACAUGUCCCAGCUGGACCUCAGCCGUCAAUGCAGCCACAGAGUCUAGCCCAUGGCCCAGCUGUAGCUCAAAUGCAGACAUGGGGUCAAGUCAGACCUUGUUCCCCUAUGCAGGCUCCACUGCGGGGCCAAAUUCAGCCUCCAGUGCCAUCCCAUAUUCAGCUCUGUAGUCAUCCGCAGUCAUGGGCCCCUGUCGAGCCACCCACCCCUAAGACGGUGGUCCAGGCUCAAACCCAUCCUCAAACUCAAGUUAGAGUAUCAUCCCCAAUGUCUGUCCAGCAGCAUCUGCAAGGUUCAGCACAACCUCCACCUCCCCAAGGAUACCCCCAGAGCCAGUCCCCAUCCCGGCACUGGACACCCAAACAAGAGCCACAAAACCAACCCAUUGCCCAGCAGAGACAACCAAUUCCUCAAACCUACCCUCAGCAAAUAGGCCCAGAUCCACAGUCUCAGGCUUAUCCAGCAGUUCAGGCUAUGCCGCAGUGUCUCCAGACUGGGCCCCAACAAGGACCUCAGGUCGGGCCCCUCGGCUAUUCUCAAAUGGGACCAUUGUAUACUCGGCCUCAAAUGCAAGCACAAACCCAACCCUGGGCUCAAACUCAACCUCAAAUUAGAGCCCAGACCUCCAUGCAACAACAAUCUCAGAUGAGUACUCAGAAUCUGCUUCAGAUCCAGACGCAGCAAGGACAAGUUCAGCAACAGCCUUGGGUUCAGCCCCAGACUCAUCCCCAGCUUCAAUCUCAGCAAUUUUCACUGAUUCAGCAUCAAACUCAGCGCCACCCUGCACCUCAGAUGCAAGCUCAAAUACCUCUUGAAUUGCAAUCACCUAAUCAAGCCUAUCCUCACCUUCCUUCUCAGCUCCAACCCCAGCUGCAGGCACAGACCCAAACACACAUCCAGACGCAGUCAUCGGUAUCAGGAAAGGCCCAGACUCAGCAGCCUCAGCUCAAUCUUCAGUUCCAGCAGCCCAAACAUCAGGCCCAGCUCCAACCAACGAUUAAGUCACCAACUCAACCCAAAGUUGAAGCACUUCAACAAUUCAAACCUCUGGCCCUGUUGGCACCACAAUCAGGGGUUCAAUCACAAACUCAAUCUCAGGUUCAGUCACCAACCCAACCCAAGGCAGAAUCACUGCCUCAGCUACCUGAGCCCCAGUUGUCACCUCAACCCAUGGCUCAGUCACCAAUCAAGGCUAAAGCUCCACCACAGGCCCAGACAGGACCACUACCUGAAGCUCAAUCAGCAACUCAACCCAAGGUUCAGUCUCCAACCCAAACCGAUGCCCAAUCACCACCACAGAUCCAGUCCCCCCCACAGGCCAGACCUCAAGCCCAACCACCGUCUCCUCUGCAGCCCAAAGUUCAACAGCCCCAAACGGUUCCCCUCUCCCAGGUCAAUGUGCUGCCUCAGUCUCCGGCCGAGUCACCAGACCUGUGCUUCAUACCUCCGCCACUGGCCCAGGCGCCUCCCCAGGCCUACACGGAGGCCUACGCCAAAGCCCAGGCGUUAGCCAGAAACGGCUUUGAGGAGGCCAAGCACUGUCUGCAGGAGCACAUCCUGGAAACCAUCAACGUGUUCAAAGACAAGUGUGUGUCUGCCGAGCAAGCCUCAGUGAAAGAGGAGACUCUGAAGACCCUGGACCCGGAGCUGCUGGAGGAGUUCCUGAGAGCAGCCAAGGGCAUGGGGGCCUUCUGCACCCCCCCCCAGCUCAGGGACAUGGAGUCCUUCACCCAGUCCGUCCGGACCCAGUGGGAGGCUUGCUUCUCGGCGGAGGGGAGCUUCGCCCAGGCGGGGCAGCACCUCGAGGCCCUGAGGGAGCUGUGUGACACCCUGAGCCCCGAGGACGCCCACCGCCUGGCCCAGACGCAGCUCAGGGAGUGUGAGACCAGGCUGGCCGCCAUCCAGCGGCAGUUCAGCGGAGAUCAAGUCGCGCAGCCGCUGCCUGAUCCCAGGAUUCCCGUUGCCUUCACUGAAGAUGUGAGCGCACGGAAGGAGCCCACCAGGCCUCAGGUCUCAGCUGAGGUUCCUCCAGCGACAGUGAGGACAGUCGGCGUGGACAGGAGGGAGGUUGAAAAGCAGCCGACCGGAGAAGACGACGCCACCAAGAAAGAAACUUUAGAAAGAUAUGAGAAUUGUAAGAAGUCUCUUCAAACCCGACUGGCUAAAAAUGACCAGAGCAUUAAGGACGUCCCCUCGGACUCGGUGUCUCUGAAAGGACUCCACACCCGGCUCCAGGAAAUACAGUUCUUGAGGCAGGAGACGGAGUCUCUGUGGUCCGAGUACUCAAACCAGUGCUCCCAGUUGAGCGGCACCACUAACCUCGACCAGGAUCAGGCGGAGCUGAGGGAGCAGUGGCGUGGCCAGCAGUCCAAACUCCAGAGCCGGGGCAGCUCGCUGGGCGCCGCCCUCCGACAGAUCGACUCCACCGAGAACCACAUGGUGGACUUCACGGACCGCCUGGACCGCUACCUGAGGCAGCCCAAAGACAUCACGGCCUUCACGCUGGCCAACACCAACAUCCUGAAGGACAUCAAGGAGCUGGAUGACAACAUCCAAAGCGAGCUGGACCAGCUGGCCCGUCUAGACCCCGAAUCCAGCGAUCUGGACCCCAGAGACUGCCUCCCUCUGUCCCGGGAGGUGGAGACCCACAGAGCCAGCCUGGAUCAGCUCCGACAGCAGGUCCGGAAGAGCGAGGCCGCCGGCCGCGCCCUGGACCGCUUCCUCAUGUCCCUGCGCACCGUGGACGAAGACGUCUCCGGGGUGCAGGGCGCCCCCUGCAGCGACGCCGCGGUGCUGCAGGACUGUCGCUCCAAGCUGGCGCUGAUCCGGCAGGGCGUGGACAGCCUGAAGGAGAAGGCGCCGCAGCUGGACGUGCUGCUGCAGGGCGCCCGGCUCACCGUCACCAGGGAGGGGGUCCCGGCCUCCUGCCUGGACAUGGUGACCGCCCUGCUGCUCCGGCUGCAGGAGGCGGACGGCGGGCUGGUCGGCCAGCAGCGGGGCCUCCACAAGGAGACGCAGAGCAAGUCCCUGGGCCUCAGGAAGAGGGCGCUGCAGCUGGAGCUGAGGACGCUGCAGGAGACCAUCGAGGCUCAAGGCCUGAAGGAGCCCACCGCGCCCGCCGUGCAGCACAGGCUGCGGGCGCUGUUGGACCUGGAGGCUCAGCUGCAGACGCAGCACACCGAGCUCCAGAACCUCCGGGAGCUCGAGGAGAAGCAGGGAGGAGGAGAGCACCUCCUGGAGGAGCUGGAGGCCCAGUGGACGGAGAUCCAGAGCGCUUUUUCUGACCGGAAGGAGCAGAGCGGCGUCCUGCUGGAGCUGCUGAAGACCUUCCAGAGCUGCCGCCUUCAGAUGAGCGGCGCCGUGCAGAAGGCGGAGCACGCCAUCGGGGACCAGGCGUCCUACCUGAGCAAAGACAACCUGCAGAGGAGCAUCACUCGGGUCCGUGAGAUCAAGGAGGGGCUCGGGGGUGUCGGGCUGCACAUGGAGGUGAUGAGGGCCGUGUGCAGACAGCUGCAGGUCCAGCUGAAGAAGAGUCCCGCCUGCAGCGAGCCGCCCUUUGAGGCCGAGGCCGACGCGCUCACCGACAGCUGGCUGGACAUGACGGAGAAGACGGACGCCUACCUGGACAACCUGCAGGUGGCGCUGGAGCUGUGGGAGAAGCAGCUGCUGCUCGGGGAGGAGCUGGACGGCUGGGCGGGGGCCACGCUGGCCACGUUCGCCGAGAGCCACCCCUUCAACAGCGAGGAGCAGGUCCUCGCCAUGAGGGAUGACAUCCAGACCAAUCAGGAGCACCUGGAGCGCUUCCACAGGAAGUCAGGAGAGAUCCAGACCAUGCUGCAGAGCCCAGAGGAGCCACUGGGGCUGCAGCUGACAGAGACCCAGCUGAGGAAGAGGAUGGAGCAGGUGAAGGAGCUGUUCUCCGACUGCGCCGACGUCUUCGAGGAGCUGUUGGCCGUGAGGAAGCACCUGGAGGAGAAGAUGGAGGCGUGCCGCUCGGCGGUGGAGAGCAUCCAUCGCUCCGUCGGCCGAGUGGACGCGUCGCACGCAGCGUUCGGAGAGCAGAUACAGCGAGCCUGUGCCGCCCUGGAGGCCCAGGAGCAGCAGGCCGAGGCGGCGCUCGGCGAGGUGGCCGAGGUCUCCCGGGUGGCGAGCCCCCGGCUGCUGGAGGGUCUCUGUGAGGCCGGCAGCCGGCUGCAGGACGCCAUCACACACACCAGAGACCUGAUCCACCUGAAGAGGGAGGAGGAGGACAAGGGCGUCCUCAAGGUCAUCUCAGAUGAGAGGCAGUCCUUUGAGUCGUGGUUCCAGGACCUUCAGCUGUCGGUCAGCGAGUGCUUCGAGCUCCCAGAGCGUCGAGAGGACGUAGAGACGAGCCUGCAGAGACUCUCCGGCUUCUUGAAGUCCAAGGAGGCAGAGCGACGUCUGCAGCAGCUGAAGGAGCAGCUGGAGAGAGGAGGCCCGCGGGUUCCUCCUGAGGAGCGCUCCGAGCUCAGCGCCUGGCUGGCGGAGCAGCAGGAGGAGGUGCAGACGUUCACGGCGCAGUGCCUCAACAGGCAGAGCCAGAUGCAGCCGCUCCUCAGAGACCUGGACAGCCUGCAGGAGGAGCAGCAGAGCUUCAGCCAGUGGCUGCAGGAGCAGGAGGAACAGGCGGGGGAGGCCCACCACGUCAAGCUGCUCACAGGCCUUCAGGCCCACAGCGGCCGAGCGGAGAGCCUGGAGCGUCUCCUGGCGUCAGUGCGGCGUGAAGGCGUGAGAGCUGAAGGCCUGAAGGACGGAGACGACCUGCUGCAACGCUACAGGAAGCUGCAGAGCCAGAGCGCCCUAGAGGCGGAGCUAGAGGCGGAGCUGGACCGGUUCACCGGCCAGGCCGAGGCCACCAGGACCUGGAUAGCCGACCUUGUUCGACCCCUCGCCUCCAAAGAUGGAGACGCCCAGAAAGAGGAGAGGAAGCACCAAGCGCAGACAAAGUCCACUUGA